AUGUAAUUUUUAUAAAAAUAACAUAUUCCUAAAGCAAUCCAAAUUAUUUAGGUUAUAGAAUUUCUUACAGAAUAUUUUGGAAAAUUGCCUGAAAGUAAAUUUAUACAUUAAAUCAAGAAAGAAUAUACUAAAACUUUUUAAUACUUGAGUUUUUGAAAUUAUUUGUUAAAUUAAGAAAAUGGCAUAUAAUUGAUAAAUAUGGAUUGAUGAUAUCAAAUAAUAAUAAAUUUGGAGAAGCUGACCAUCGAGAAGAUUCAGCGGUAAAUUUAUUCUUAGAGAAAUGGGGAGGAUUGUAAAAAGAUUCUCCUGUUAUGGAUAUCAAAUUGGCAAAAGAGUAACUAUAAAAAGCCAUAGAGCCUAUGCCUGAAUUUAAUUAAGGUUUAUAUGAUAUUAUUGGAGAUAAAUAAGUUUCGAUAAUAAAAACAUUACCUAUUCCUAAUGAUUUAAAAAAGAGAGAUUAUGAAUCCUAAUUCAAUAUCUUAAGAGUAUUAUCAUUAUUAAACUGUAGAUCUAAAUAGGAGAAAUACUAUAUCUUUUACGACCUUUAAUUUAUUGUUCUUGCAUUUUAAAGUUUGGAACUAGAAGUUAUUCACCUUACUUAAUUUCAUUAUCAAUUGAUAUCUUAAGAUUUCUAAUUCAAUUCAAAAUUCAAAUCUUUAGAAAAAGUUAGGAAGAAGAACUUAAUUUAAGAGCAAAAGAUGCGAUUGUAAAUAUUGUUGAUAUUUUAGAUAUGCUAUAUUCUUAGGAAUCCAUUUUAUACUCAGAUCUUAAAGUAGAAAUGCUUAAAUAAAAUAUUAGGAGUAUUUUUAAAAGAAGAAAACAUACUUCAUCGAAUAGUAAUAGGACUAUUAGACCUAAGAUCAUCAAAAUGUUUAUUAUUAUGA